GAUCGUGUUCAAUGAGGUAGGCGGCGGGCGUAGAGCAUUCUUUGUCUGCUGUCUGUCGCCAGUCGCCAUUGAAUUAUAAACAUUAGUGUUGUCGUAACAUUCAUCAAGGGUUUUAUAAAUUAAACAAGCAGUAAAAUGGCUACUUCAAAGACAACGAAUAUGUAUAAUAGGCAAAAUUGGGAAGAUGCCGAAUUCCCAAUAUUAUGUCAAACUUGUUUAGGUGACAAUCCGUACAUUCGUAUGACAAAAGAAAGAUAUGGAAAAGAAUGCAAAAUAUGCAUGCGUCCAUUUACAGUAUUUAGAUGGUGUCCUGGUGCAAGAAUGCGGUUCAAAAAGACAGAAGUUUGUCAGACUUGUAGUCGCUUGAAAAAUGUGUGUCAGACAUGUUUACUUGAUUUAGAAUAUGGUUUACCAAUUCAAGUACGCGAUGCGGCACUUAAGAUCAAAGAUGACUUGCCCAGAUCAGAUGUAAACAAGGAAUAUUAUGUACAAAAUAUAGACAGUGAAAUUGGAAAAAUAGAUCCCACAUCACCAGCAGGUGCUGUUGGUAAAUCUGCAGCUGCUAGUGAUUUGUUGAUGAAACUGGCAAGGACUAGUCCUUAUUACAAAAGAAACAGGCCACAUAUUUGUUCUUUUUGGGUUAAAGGAGAGUGUAAAAGAGGAGAAGAGUGUCCAUAUCGUCAUGAGAAACCUACUGAUCCUGAUGAUCCAUUAGCUGAUCAAAAUAUCAAAGAUCGUUAUUACGGAGUUAACGACCCUGUUGCUGAUAAAUUAAUGCGCCGAGCUGCAGCUAUGCCUAAGUUAGACCCACCAGAGGAUAAAUCCAUUACAACUCUCUAUGUUGGCAACUUAGGCGAUGUUUUAACAGAAAAACAAUUACGCGAUCAUUUCUAUCAAUAUGGUGAAAUACGCUCCGUUACUAUGGUUCCUCGUCAACAGUGUGCUUUCAUUCAGUACACACAGAGAAGUGCUGCCGAAGCAGCAGCAGAGAGAACAUUUAACAAAUUAAUAUUAGGAGGGCGAAGAUUAACAAUUAAAUGGGGACGUUCACAAGGAAGGCAAACUGUAUCCGCAGCAGAAGCAACUAGAGAAAUCUUGGAGCCUGUGCCAGGUUUACCAGGUGCUUUACCACCUCCACCAGAAAGCAUGGGAAAUAAUUUUUUCAAUCUACAAACUACUCCUGGCAUGAUGCCACCAAUGAUGAUUCCACCUCCACCAGUUGCUCCCCAAUUUAUGUUCCCACCUCAAAUGGCAGCUGCCACUGCAACACCUAUUUUUCCACCUGGAACAACUCCAAUACAUUAUCCAAGUCAAGAUCCAUCAAGAAUGGGUGCAUCUCAAGGCAUAGGAAAACCUUGGCCCGAGGAAUAGUAAUAACAAUAUUUUGAUUUUUAUUGUAAUUAUAAUAAAAAGUGUAUAAAAAAAUAAAUAUAUAUCUUUGAUUUUGUUUAAA